AUGUCUUGGCCACCAGCAGGCACUCAUCUACAGCCCACAGGUGAAGUAGAACCCUGGACGGUGAACGUGGAACCACCUACGGCCUCGGAGGUUUACGACUGCAUAUGUUCUCUCAAGCGCCACCGAGCUCCCGGUCCGGAUGACCUUCCACCUGCACUGUUCAAAGACGGGGGUGAAGUCCUCAGUCAGCGCCUGUCCGACCUGUUUGCUUGCAUUUGGGAAAAGGAGUCUGUCCCAGACAACUGGGGAGAAUCGGUGAUAGUGCCCAUCUUCAAAAAAGGUGCGCGUAGUGAGUGUGGUAACCACAGGGGGAUCAGCUUGACCCCGGUUAUAACGAGACUGACGUCGUUUCUGCAUCGGGGCAUUGAAGUGCUUCAUCAUAUUCAUUGUUUUCCCCGCUGGUCCAUCAUGUCGAGCGGAACUUCACUCCUAGACUCCAAGGAGGAGCAUGUUGUUACGUUUGCUGGCUUGGGACUAAAACUUGAUACGGUGGAAGAUGUCGGCUUCAUCGUAUCGGAGCUAAAGAGCAACUCGGAAGUUACGUGCCUUAAUCUCACUGGAAAUACCCUUGGAAUAGUAGCAGCAGAGCCGUUAGGUGCUGCAUUGGAAAACAAUAAGAAGCUAAGGCGGUGUAUCUUCAGCGACCUAUUUACUGGCCGCCUGAAAACGGAGAUCGCUCCGGCUCUUAGACACCUAUGCUCUGGUAUAAUCUCAUCUGGUGCGCACCUGGUCGAGCUGGAUUUGAGCGAUAACGCCUUUGGUCCGAAUGGUGUUGUGGGAGUUGUUGAACUACUUUCAAGUCCUGCAUGUUUCACGCUAGAGGUCCUCCGAAUGAACAAUCAAGGCCUGGGACAUGAAGGUUGUCGGUAUCUAACACAAGCCUUGGAGAAAGGACGAGAGGCUUGCAACAGACAUGGGUUGGCUUUGAAAGUUUUUUCUGCAAGUAGAAAUCGUUUGGAGAAUGUUGGCGCUCAAAUGUUGGCGAAAGUACUGGCAGAUAUGAGGUCUCUAGAAGAGGUGAGUGUGUCCUCAAUCCUCACUAACUCGUUCUGCUUGAAGCUUUCUCUUUGUCAGAAUGGGAUUGGUAUUCAUGGGAAGGACGGAGUGCAAUCCUUGUCGAAAAUUCUUAUGACCAAUACCAAAUUGAGGCUGCUCAAUUUGUCAGAUAACACACUAACUGCAGAAGGCGGAAAAAUAAUCGCCAAGGCUCUUAGAUCACUGGACAAACUGGAGGAACUACAUCUGGGUGACUGUAUUUUACGGUCCUCAGGAGCGCAAGCUCUGGCCUCUGUUUUGGAUGACCCAAAGGUUGCACCCGAUUUACGUGUUUUGAAUCUUUCUGGCAAUGAAAUCACACGUCAGGCGGGGGUCAGUCUGGUUCUGUCACUGGGAUCAAAGUCAAACCUGGAAUCAUUGGACCUGAAUGCAAACGAAUUCGGCAAGUCAGGUAUUCAGGCCAUCAUUCGAUCUUUGGAGUCCAUCGAUCUCUUGCACACUCUUUCUAAGGCGCAGGGUGGUACUCCAGAGAAGGAACGUGUUGGUGAUGAGGCGUAUGUGGCCGCUUUUGAUGAAGACCAAGGUUCUGCGAGUGAAUCAGAAGAGGAAGCCGGGGACGAGGGGGAGGAGGAGGAGGAGGAGGAGGAAGGAGAAGUGGAUGAAUUGGAAGAUUCGAAUGAAGCGUUUCUUGGGAGCGAGGAAGAGGGUUACGAUUAUGAGAAUGGAGAGAGUGAUGCGGAAGAUGAGGCACACUCCUCUUUCAAUACCGUCAAAGAACAACCCUUAUCAAAAACGGCUACCGGAUUCAGCUUCCGGGAUUUACAUAACUCGUUGAAUGAAAGCAACGUAUGUUCAGCGAACAAAGAAAAAUCCUCUUCCCAGUCAAAGACCGGCCCUUUUGGUGGAGGCUUAUUCUCCUCACUGCCUCCAGCGGAUACCACGGACGCAAGCGUCGUGCGUCCCAAAGCGUGGCCUCCAACGGGACUUUUUUCUUCGGCUGUUGGUCACAAUGGUCUGUUCAAACCCAGCCAUCUUUUCUCGCCCCCAUCGUUCCAGCCAACUCCAAAUGUGGACAAACAGCUGCAAACGAAGUUGAUGGAAUUUGAGACCCAACUUCAAAAGUGCUUUACAGGGAAGCAUGACGAAGCCGCGAUACGUUGCCUAGCAGAGAUAAUCAAAUCGGACAGUGUAAGCAAUGCGUCUGUGUACAGUUCGAAGCUUCCGACGCACGUGAAAUCAGUGGCGCCUGAAAGAGUGAUCCGGCUUGGCCUUCAGUUAAGCCUUCAUCUGCCAAAUCCGCUUCCCGAACAGCCGGACUUAUUGACCUACGUCGCCUCUAAUUUACUCGCAUCUAUGCUAAGCCCCGCGGACUCCGCUGGUCGAGGUGAUGAUGCUAUGGUAUCACGAGCUGUCAAUUGUCUGCUUGUCUAUUUGGGUGCAGUCAAAGCUGAGAGGGAUAGCGAGGAACAUGCGGUGCUUAACAGUGGGGAUGUAGACGACGAGCGUCGCCGUAUGUGUUAUUUCUACGUCACACGGCACAUGUUUAGCACUAAGGAACCGCUUUCCAUCCAUGUACGCAACUGCUUGAGUUGCUUGUUGUCAGAACAGAAGAGCAGGCAACAACAACCAACCCCCAAAGAAUCCACCGGAAAGUACCAAUCAACGGCAGCGACACGUGAAUCUGAUCGAUUACGUGAUGAGCUUAUCGGUUUGUUGGAACUACAGCUGGCAGACUUGCGUCUGUGAUCUCUCAGACUGAUUACCACAAGAAUUUUAUAAUGUUCGAAUUCACCAUACCCCUGCUGUACAACCAUUUGCCUGUGUAACACGAAGUUGUAUCCCGGUUAUCACAGAAAUCAUCUCCUUGUAUGUGUCUGUUCGACGCAGCACUCUUGACUGGAGUACAAGUGGCUCAGAUGGUUUUGUGUACAUAGGCCUUUAUGUUCAUUGUCUCCCCCGAUGCAGAUUGUCCAUUGCAGAUGUUUGCGGAGCUUUGUGUUUUCUCACUAUCCAAAGUAUUUGGGCGCCUUUUACUGGAUUUACCAUUGUAGUAAUAUGCUUGCUU